AUGGCUUCUACCUCAACAUCCUCGAUAUCAUUGCAAAACAAUGCCCCAGGAAAAAGGUUCCCCUCAUCCCCCACCUCAAAACCAUUGCAUUCUAAUCUCAAAUUUCCAUUUUCAAUGCCUGCAACAAAAGCUACAGGAAUAAAAUCUUCAAGUACCACAAAGUACAACGAAGUUGUUAUUGAUGAAGAAAUGGACAAGAUUAGGAGACUCCAAAAUGGGUCCGAUGUUCGUGGGGUGGCAUUGGAAGGGGAGAAGGGCAGAACAGUGGAUCUUUCUCCUCCGGCCGUGGAAGCCAUUGCCGAGAGUUUUGGUGAGUGGGUUAUCAAUGGCUUGGAAAAGGAAAAGGGACGUGUUGUCGAGAAUGUUAAGGUGUCACUAGGUAGAGACCCAAGACUAUCAGGAGCUUCUUUGAGUGUAGCUGUGUUUGCUGGUCUUGGCCGUGCUGGUUGUUUGGUGUUUGAUAUGGGGCUUGCUACCACUCCAGCUUGUUUCAUGAGUACAUUGUUGCCUCCAUUUACUUAUGAUGCAUCCAUAAUGAUGACAGCAUCGCACUUGCCAUACACUCUUUCCACCAUGUUCAAGACUCCACCAGCAAGAGUUGAUUUCAUGAGCAACUAUGCGAAGCAUCUCCGGGAUAUAAUCAAGGAGAGAGUGAACCAUCCCUUGCACUACGACUCUCCCCUCGAAGGAUUUCAGAUAAUCGUAAACGCUGGAAAUGGAUCAGGAGGCUUCUUCACAUGGGACGUUCUUGACAAGCUUGGGGCAGACACCUUCGGCUCACUAAACUUAAACCCGGAUGGAAUGUUCCCCAACCACAUGCCUAACCCUGAGGACAAAACUGCCAUGGCACUAACUAGAGCUGCUGUGCUAGAAAAUUCAGCCGAUCUUGGAAUUGUUUUCGACACUGACGUAGACCGAAGUGGUGUAGUUGACAAGGAAGGAAACCCGAUUAAUGGUGACAGGCUUAUAGCACUCAUGUCCGCUAUUGCGUUGAGGGAACAUCCUGGCACUACUAUAGUGACCGAUGCGCGUACAAGCAUGGGGCUGACAAGUUUUAUUACCGAUAGAGGAGGUCAACAUUGCUUGUAUCGAGUUGGUUAUCGCAAUGUGAUUGAUAAGGGAGUCCAACUUAAUAAGGAUGACAUUGAAACCCAUCUGAUGAUGGAAACAUCUGGACAUGGUGCUCUUAAAGAGAAUUAUUUCCUAGAUGAUGGGGCUUACAUGGUUUUAAAAAUCAUCAUUGAAAUGGUACGUAUGAAAUUAGCUGGAUCAGAUGAAGGAAUCGGUAGCCUCAUAAAAGAUCUUGAAGAACCACUAGAAUCUGUGGAGCUAAGGAUGAACAUCAUCUCUGAACCUAGGCAUGCAAAGGCAAGAGGUAUGGAGGCAAUUGAGACAUUCCGAAGCUUUGUUGAGGAGGGACGACUUGAAGGCUGGGAAUUGGAUUCCUGUGGAGACUGUUGGGUAAGCGAUGGAUGCCUCGUCGACUUAAAAGACGAUCCAGCAUCUGUUGAUGCUCAUAUGUACAGGGUUAAAGUUUCUGAUGAAAAACAAGGACAACACGGUUGGAUGCACCUGCGCCAGAGUAUUCAUAAUCCAAAUAUUGCUGUGAAUAUGCAAUCAAUGGUGCCUGGGGGUUGUCUAUCUAUGACAAAUAUUCUUAGAGACAAGUUUCUCUUGGCAAGUGGAAUGGACAAGAUCCUGGAUAUCACUCAGAUCGACAAGUACGCUAGAACUGGACUUGUAAAAUAA